UAUACCUUCACAGGUAUCUACACCUUCGAAUCGCUUACCAAGAUUGUGGCGCGAGGUUUUUGUAUAAACGGGUUCACUUUUCUACGAGAUCCAUGGAACUGGCUGGACUUCAUGGUGAUCUCUAUGGCGUAAGUAGUCCACCUCCUCCCUGUAUCCCUCUACACAUCCAUCUCUCUACACAUCCCUCUCUCUACACAUCCACCUCUCUCUACACAUCCAUCUCUCUACACCUCCAUUUCUCUACACAUCCAUCUCUACACCUCCAUCUCUCUACACCUCCAUCUCUCUACACCUCCAUCUCGCUCAACACCUCCAUCUCUCUACACAUCCAUUUAUCUCUACACCUCCAUCUCUCUACACAUCCAUUUAUCUCUACACCUCCAUCUCUCUACACAUCCAUUUCUCUCUACACCUCCAUCUCUCUACACCUCCAUCUCUCUACACCUCCACCUCUCUCUACACAUCCAUUUAUCUCUACACCUCCAUCUCUCUACACAUCCAUUUAUCUCUACACCUCCAUUCUCUACACAUCAUUUCUCUCUACACCUCCAUCUCUCUACACCUCCAUCUCUCUACACCUCCAUCUUGCUCUACACAUCCAUUUAUCUCUACACCUCCUUCUCUCUACACCUCCAUCUCUCUACACAUCCAUUUCUCUCUACACCUCCAUCUCUCUACACCUCCAUCUUGCUCUACACAUCCAUUUCUCUCUACACCUCCAUCUCUCUACACCUCCAUCUCUCUACACAUCCAUUUCUCUCUACACCUCCAUCUCGCUCUACACCUCCAUCUCUCUCUGCACUGCCAUCUUUACCAGGGUGACAAGGUUGGGCCAGGCAGUACAUUCCACACCAGAGAAUAUUGUAAAACAUGCAAAAGAAUCCAAGAUGAAGAAGCAUCUCCAAAUAUUCAUUCAGCAGAAUAUAAUUAAUUCAACUGAAUCAAUCAAUUGAACAUACAGUAUAUGUUAGUACAGGUACAGUGCAUUUGGAAAGUAUUCAGACCCCUUGACUUUUUCCAAAUGUUGUUAAGUUACAGCCUUAUUCUAAAACGGAUUAAAAUGUUUUUUCCCCCUCAUCAGUCUACACACAAUACCCCAUAAUGACAAAGCAAAAACGGGUUUUUAUACAUUUUUGUAAAUGUAUAAAAAAACAACAACUGAAAUAUCACAUUUACAUAAGUAUUUAGACCCUUUACUCAGUACUUUGUUGAAGCACCUUUGGCAGCGAUUACAGCCUUGAGUCUUCUUGGGUGUAACGCUACAAGUUUGGCACACCUGUAUUUGGGGAGGUUCUCCCAUUCUUCUCUGCAGAUCCUCUCAAGCUCUGUCAGGUUGGAUGGGGAGCGUCGCUGCAAAGCUAUUUUCAGGUCUCUCCAGAGAUGUUUCGAUCAGGUUCAAGUCCAGGCUCUGGCUGGGCCACUCAAGGACAUUCAGAGACUUGUCCUGAAGCCACUCCUGCGUUGUCUUGGCUGUGUGCUUAGGGUCAUUGUCCUGUUGGAAGGUGAACCUUUGCCCCAGUCUGAGGUCCUGAGCGCACUGGAGCAGGUUUUCAUCAAUGAUCUCUCUGUAUUUUGCUCCGUUCAUCUUUCCCUCGAUCCUGACUAGUCUCCCAGUCCCUGUAACUGAAAAACAUCCCCACAGCAUGAUGCUGCCACCACCAUGCUUCACCGUAGGGAUGGUGCCAGGUUUCCUCCAGAUGUGACGCUUGGUAUUCAGGCCAAAGAGUUCAAUCUUGGUUUCAUCAGAACAUUAUUUUUUGGUACCCUUCCCCAGAUCUGUGCCUCGACACAAUCCUGUCUUGAAGCUCUACAGACAAUUCCUUCGACCUCAUGGCUUGGUUUUUGCUCUGACAUGCACUGUCAUCUGUGGGAUCUUAUAUAGACAGGUGUGUGCCUUUCCAAAUCAUGUCCAAUCAAUUGAAUUUACCACAGGUGGACUCCAAUCAAGUUGUCAACGAUGAUAAAUGGAAACAGGAUGCACUUGAUCUCAAUUUCGAGUCUCAUAGCAAAGGGUCUGAAUACUUAUGCAAAUGUAAUAUUUCAGUUGUUGUUUUUUUAUAUAAAUUAGCAAAAAAUAUUAAAAACCUGUUUUCGCUUUGUCAUUAUGGGGUAUUGUGUGUAGAUUGAUAAGAGAAAAAUAUUAUUUAAUCAAUUUUAGAAUAAGGAUGUAACGGAACAAAAUGUGGAAAAAGUCAAGGGGUCUUAAUACUUUCCGAAUGCACUGUAUAUUUGUAAUGUUGAAUUUUAUGAGAAUGACACACACAUAUGCAUGGGUUUGUUCAAAGAGAAUAAUUCCUGUUUACUCCACUGUAUCCUCCUUUUAAAAACAACAUGUUGCAGAAAGCCACACAGAAUGAGAAGAGAAAAAAUGUGUGUGUGGGGGGUGGAAUAUCCUACCAAAGAAGAUGAUUUCAAUGGGCAGGGAUAGCAGUGUUUGAGAAUUUGGUAAAAGGGAUGAUGAUUGUUUGAGUUUGGCAAGGAAUGAUUGCCCUGCCCCAAUUUUCUCUGAUUUAUCUGUGUAACAUUUUGAAACAUUUGGUUGAAACAUUUUGGGCCAUAAAGUGUUUUUCUUAAAAUUUUUUGUGUAUUUUCUUUCUUUCAAGGUUGGGGUCAAUUACAUUUCAAUUCAGUCAAUUCAGGAAGUAAACUGAAAUUCCAAUUCAAUUUUUUUCUCAAUUCUUUUCAAUGACAAAAAAAUGUAAUUGGAAUUUCAGUUUACUUCCUGAAUUGACUGAAUUGAAAUGGCAUUGAACACAACCCUGCCUUCUUCCUCUCUUUCAUUCUGGAACGACUGCUGAGUAACUGUGAUCUGAUCCACUCUGCAGGUAUAUAACAGAGUUUGUAAACCUAGGCAAUGUGUCAGCUCUGCGUACGUUCAGGGUUCUGAGGGCUUUGAAAACUAUUUCUGUUAUCCCAGGUAAGACUGUGCAGGUGUGUGUGUGCGGGCGGGCGGGCGAGUUGCGGGGGGGUUAGUGUUAGGUGUGGUUUUGUUUCCGUUUGUUUUCAUUUCCUCUUCCACCUUCGCUCCUUUCUCCUGGAGGGAUAGGUGCUUCCCUCUCUCACUCUCUCUCACUGUGGUGUCCCCUCCUCCUGCCGGUCAUCUUCUUCGGUGGUGAUGGUGAUGGUGCUGGUGUCGUGCUCUUGCGCAUCCGUGCGUGUGACCUGUGGGUUUGUGUGUGUUACUGUUUGUGUUUUUUGUCAUGGUGUUUUGUUCUGUGUGUGAUCCUACCCCGUUACAGAUAUGUAACAGAAUUUGUGGACCUGGGGAAUGUCUCGGCGCUGAGAACGUUCAGAGUUCUCCGAGCACUGAAAACAAUUUCUGUGAUUCCAGGUGAGACUCUCAUUUAA